GUCACAGCUGGACCGCGCGCGACAUCUGGCCAGCCAUGGGGACAAGAGCGCUGCGGCGCCCCUACUUUUUCCCACUACUGCUGCUUCUGCUGCUCUGCGGGGAGUCUCCCCCGGUGGGUGGCUGCAAUGAGAAGCGUAUGUUGGCCAUGCUGCCCCGCUGUGGCAAGACCUUCGCCGAAAAGAUGAUGAAGGUAGAGGUCUGGAAAUGGUGCAACCUCUCGGAGUUCAUCGUGUACUACGAGAGCUUCACCAACUGCACGGAGGUGGAGACCAACGUGGUGGGUUGCUACUGGCCCAACCCCUUGGCUGAGAGCUUCAUCGCCGGCGUCCAUAGGCAGUUCUUCCAAAACUGCUCGGUGGACAGGCAAGACUGGGAGGACCCCCCAGACGAAAUUCUUAUCCCGCUGAUCACCGUGCCCGUCCUGCUGACCAUCGCCAUGACUGGUGUGGUGGUGUGGCGCAGCAAACACACCGAACAGGUGUUGUGAGGGCCUGGUGAGCCCGAGGGGCCAUGCCUGGAGAGAUGGAAGAAAGUUCUGCAGGGCUGAUUGAACUGGUGCUUCAGCUGCCCCUGAACCUUGCCCCGGUGGUCUUGGGCUGGUGAUAGAGAAAACGUGCUGUGGCUGGAGCUUGUGUGCUGGGCGCAGAUCACCGUUGCUUCACCUGCGCUGUCCCAGGAUGGGCUGGGGCCUCUGGUGUUCCCAGUACCAAGUCCCUUAGGGCCCUGCCCUGGCCUGACCUUGACCCCGCCUCCUAACUGACUCUACCCCUGACCCCAUCUCCCACUCUGACCCCACCCCUGGUUCUGGUCCCACCCCUGAUCCUGGCCCCACCUCCUACUCUGACUCCACCCCUAGUCCUGGCCCCAUCUCCUAUCCUGACUCCACCUCCUACUCUGACACCACCCCCAGCCUUGGCCCUACCACAGUGUCUCUGCUCUGAAAAGGUGUGCCUAUUCCCACCCCACUCCAGUACUCUUGCCUGGAAAAUUCCAUGGAUGGAGGAGCCUGGUAGGCUUCAGUCCAGGUGGUCGGAAAGAGUCGGACACGACUGAGCAACUUCACUUUCUUUCAUUCCCACCUGGCUGGGGGUGGGGCAGUAAAGUGUUUUGUGGGUCCUCACUUUGCAGGCCUUGGGUCCUCCUGAUGGGGAGCCCACUUAGAGAGAAUCUGGAAGACAGAAUUGAACUGGGAGCUCCAAGGAGCCACAGGAUAGCUUGCGACCUGCGGUCUGUGGCCGCAGCUGGUGUGGGCCUCCUUGGUAAUGUGCCCCUCUAAGAGCAAGGCCUCAGGGUAGGGGCCUUGUGCGCUCUGCUGGCUGAGCUCUGUCUGCUGUGCCUGUGCUUUCUGUGAGUAAAGAGACAUGCUGCUUCUGAGGUUUCCAGUUUUAUUUCAGGGAAUUCACAGAGACUCUGCCCGGCCUCUUGGAACUGGCAAGUCCCCCAGGCCCAUUUUACAGACAGGGAGUGAUUGAGGCUCCAGGAGGUCAGAGGUCAGAGCAGCAAAGAGAGCCUCAAACCAGGGGAGUGUGGGCAGGUGGGAGGGAUCUGCUAUCCAGCUCUCAGAGGUUUUGUGCUUCCCACUGGCUCCCUGCGCUUUGAGGAAAGAGGGGAGACUUCAUCUUUCUGGCAUUUCGAGGUUGCCUCGGGCUUGCUAGGACCCCCGCCUGGUCCUGGGGACUUGGGAGCAGAUGGUGGAGGCGCUUUGUCCGCAAGCCUCUCUCUGGUCCCCGGCGGCGUUCCAGUUCCGUAGUCAGUGCUUUUGAAUGUGGGCGGUUUACUUCAGCACCGUCUUGCUGGGGCCCGGAAGUGGGGUCGUGGCUGUGAGUGGAUGUGGAGGGAACCUAGCAGGGCAGUCCUUAUGUCCUUCAGAGGCCUUACUCCUCUUCCUGCCCAGAGGUGCAGGGGGUCCCCUGAGGUUGCUGGUUCUCUGCAGGUGCCCACGGGUGCAGAUGCCCACAGGUGCAGAUGCCCACAGGUGCAGGGACGGGAUGGGAAUCUCCUGGCACUUCCGGUUCCUGAGGCAGCUUCAGCCAAGGAACAGAGGCUGUGAUCUCAAUGUGUAUCCACAGUGCCUCUGGAGCAUCGCCCACCAUGCAGGUCUCUGCUGGUCAUCUGUGAACUGACCGACUGCUGAUGAGAUAACCUGUGGAGGCCCGGAGGCGCAGUGCUUUUGGGUUUCAGACCAUCUCAAGCCUUUAAAAUGUUGGUUCUCUUCUCAGAUGGUGCCCUGGGGGCCCUGCAGCUGCGGAGGGAGUGCAACCCAGCCCCUGCUGGCCCUGGCCACACCCUGUGUGGGGAGCCCCUGGAGGUUGUGUGUGUCUUCCCUGCCCCAGGGAUUCUCACUUCCCAGGUUGCCUGAGAGCCCGGGCCCCCAGAGCUGCACCAAGAGGCUACUCUUGUGUGCACAUGGCUAUCCAAUGAUGCUUCUUGGCUGAAGACCCCACUCUUACCAAGACUGGAGAACCUCGUAACUGUGGGCCUGGCACUGGGCCGCCUGACCGCCCUUUUAGCUCUCUAGCACGCUUUCUUCAUUAUGCUAACUUUAGUUUAAUUUUAGUGACCCCCUGACCCCACUGAGCCUUCUGACCUUCAGGCUAGUCCUGUCCAGCCCUGGCUUGCUGCCUCCCUCCCACCCAGCCUGGUCUACUGGUCACAGCUUUGUAUGCUCUGUCAGUCCGUUGGCCCCACAUUUUCACUUAUUCAUGGGUUUUUCUAGGACAUGGAGGGUCCUGGGUGCCAGGCCACACAAGGAAUGUGUGUGUAUACGUUUGUGUGUAUAUGUGUGUGCAUUUCUGUCCCUCUUCCCCCAGCUCCGUACAAGGGGGUGCCAUGUCUCUCUACUUUCUAGACAAGGAGUCUAGAUAUAGUGUUUUCCUGGGAGGGCCAGGAUUUCUCAUCCCCUCCACUCUGAGCUCUGUGUUACAGAGACUAAAUUCCGGGCAUGAACAGCUAAGAUGUCAGGCCUCCCUCUCCCUGGCCAGACCUCACUGACAGUUAAGAGGGAGCUCUACCCCAGGCUCAGCUUGCUCUCACUUCAGUUCACCUGUACAGUGGAGGCUCCUGCCAGGAGAGGCGAGUGGAGAAGACCAGAAGCUGCUGCCUGCACCCAAUAUGCUGUUCAUAAAGUGAGGGUGUUACGCUACUGUCCACAAUCCCAGCUCCAGGAGAGUGGGUCAGAGAUCUUCCCAAGGGCAGAGACAACUGUAAGGAUGGGCAGCUCUGAAGCUCUCUCCAUAGGAACUGACUUUAAUUAGAAGAUAGUGUAGGGAAGUCCAAGCCUAAGGGAGCUCUCGAGAACCGGGAGAAUUUUGGUGGUGAGCAGUGACAAGCGACUGGCAGCUCUACGUUGGAGGUGAGCGUGAAAGGGCGCUGGCAGCUCCAUGAGAGCACAAGUUAAACCACAGGCAGUUGGAUUUCCCACCAGAGAUAAGUGGGAACAGAGACACUUACAAGAGCCCUCACGGGGUCAGAGAAAACCUCAUAGCGUGUGCGAGCUGUGUGAGCUCAUUUGCUUCAGUUGUGUCCGACUCUUUACCACCCCACGGACUGUAGUCUGCCAGGAUCCUCUGUCCAUGGGAUUCUCCAGGCAAGAAUACUGGAGUGGGUUGCCAUGCCCUCCUCCAGGAGAUCUUCCCCACCCAGGGAUCGAACCUCAUAGACUGGCCUUAAAAUCACCCCACCAAGGAGCUCAGAUUUAAUUGGGUUAGAAUGUGGAGCAUUGAUGUCCCAGGUCAUCGUCAACACAACGGAGCAGUCAGCUAGACACCAGUGGAGUCUGAGAGCUGACAGUGAUACCCACAGAGACAGCAGAUUCCCAGAGAUCAGACCCAAGGACAUCAAAAGAAGCCCCAGCAGAGGCUCUGUGGUCUUGGGCAUGUGUGCUAAGCGGAGGGCUAUGCUCUCUGAGAACGACACUUGAGCUCAUGCUGACAUUCCAGCCAGUCCACCCAUGACCAGCAUUCAAGCGUCAGUGUCUGUCCCAAAUUUGUCCCUCGUCCUUCAGUACCCAUGACAGACGUGCCUCCAUCUUACUCACGCAUGCAGAUCAGCCCAGGUCAUGUGCCCUCGAGGGCGUUGGUGCAGAACUUGACCGGGGUGUGUGUUCUGUGUGGACUUCUGCACAGUGAAGGGGUGCUGGCGCUGCAGGGGGCCACCUGGGUCCAAUCCCAGCCUAGUCACUUGUGAUGUGACCUUCAACAAGUAUGUGCCCUCUGCACAGGUAGGUUCCUGGUCUACACAGGGCCUUGGGAGGAUGGGAUGAGAUCAUCCACACAGCUUCCUGAGCCUGGCACACAGUGGAUAUGGUCAGUGUUAUUAUGGAAAGUCUGGGCUGGGUUCUGGAUGGGGGAGCCCCCAGCAUGUCGCUUCAUGGAGGGUGAUACUGUGGGAGUGGAAGAUGGUCCCAGGGGAUGUGUUGAGUGGGGAGCAAAGAGAGCUUGGGGCAAAGUCACCCCAAGGGUUCUAAUCUGAGGAAAGAGGACCCCAGGCAACAGCGAGGGAGUGAGAGAACCAGUUUCCAGACGGCAUCAAAUGCCGCUGAGGGAUCCAGUUCACAGAAACCAAGAAGAAUUCCUGGGGUGUGGUCAGGUGGGAAUCCUUGGACCCCUCCCAGAACCACCUCCUGUCUUGGAAAGCAACAGGAUCAAGAAUAUGUCACCCACGGUGGGAAGAUUAAGUGGAUUCAUUUGGGUCCUCAUGGAGGGAGGGACACUCCUGACCUCUUGAUGUCCCCCCAACCCCAGACAGCAGGCUGUGACUACACAAGGAAUGCUUUUGGGAGACUGAUCCUGCUGGGACUGUUGAAGAUUCCAGAAAGCAGAGCCGGUGGAUGACCGGUGGGCCAGUGGGUUGGGGGCUUGGGUGGUCAUGAAGGGUGUGGGAAGGGUGUUGAGGGGCAGGCGGGCAGCCACCAGCUCAGGACUACAAAAAUCCAACCAGAGAUCUCAGAAAGGUAUUAAACAGAGAGGCGGCCCCUUGCCAGGAGACUUGUGGGGACAAAUUUGAGGGAUGGAGUAAGGAGUCUUGUCAAUGCAGAGGCUCCCCCCACAUCCCUGCCUCCUUAGUGGCUGGUCUAGCCUCUGGCAAAGCAGACCCAUCCUUUCCCCAUGAACAGAGUUCUGAGUGGAGGGAAGUUGGAUGUCCUCUUGGGGAGCAGGAGUUCCCGACAAGGAGGCAGAGAUGAGCAGGGGGAAGGGGCCAUUGAGAUGUGUGAGCAGUAGCCAGGAGGCCAGAGUUAGCCUGAUAGAGGGAUGGAGGACUCGAGGGGAGAGCAGUGGAGGGUGGAGGUGGACAGACCCUAUGGAGCUGGGUGGGACAAGGUGAGGAUUUGGUUUUCAUUCUGAGUCAUUAUAGUCACGUAUAGGUGGAGCACACCAUAGGUGGAGCCAAGGUACCGAGUAACAUUGAAAUGAUAAAGGCAUGCUCCAGUUAUCAUGGAAUCACUCCUUCAUAUUUACUGUUAUUUAAUGAGAAGGAGUGGGACUUUCUGAGUGAUGCAGCUGUCUAUAAGGCUUUUAAAUGUAAUUUUUAACCACAAGGCUUAUACUGUUUAUACAAAUAGCACAUAUGGUCUCUUAGAGCUUUUUAAAUGGUUAAAAAUAAAAGCUUACUAAUGGAGGGGAAAAAAGUGGAUGCAUUUGGGACUUCCCUGGUGGACCAGUGGUUAAGAAUUCAUCUGCCAGUGCAGGGGACAUGGCUAUGAUCCCUGGUCUGGGAAGAUUCUACAUGUCUCAGGGCAAUUAAACCUCUGCAUCAGAACUUGCAACCUACAACUACUGAGCCUGCGUGCUGCAACUGCUGAGGCCCUAGCACUUGAAUCUAUGUUCUGAAGCAAGGGAAGCCGCUGUAACGAGAAGCUUGUGCACUGUAAGGAAGAGUAGCCCCUGCUUGCCAAAACUAGAGAAAGCCCAUGUGUUGCAGUGAAGAUCCAGGACAGCCAAAUAAAAUAAAGAAGCAAA